CGUGACCACUGCGCCGCCGCAUCCAGCCAGCCAAUGGAAUCCACCAACGCUCGGGGCCUCGUCAUCGUCGGCCAAUAGCGGUCGUGCGGGGUGAGCUGAGUGUCGGUGCCUGCCGUGUUGUUGUUGUUUACGGUGGCGGGUCGCUGUGUGUUCCGGUGGGGAGCCGGGGAAUCGGGUCGAGGCUGAGAAGAAUGGCAGCGCAGGGCGCCGAGAAAGCCAGCAGCAAGAAGAAGACCGAAAAGAAAUUCGCCGCCCGGGAGGAAGCCAAACUGCUGGCCAGUUUUAUGGGAGUCAUGAAUGUCAUGAGAAAGCAGAAAACCUUGUGUGAUGUUAUUCUUAUGGUGCAAGACAGAAAGAUCCCAGCUCAUCGUGUGGUAUUGGCAGCUGCCAGUCACUUCUUUAACCUGAUGUUUACCACCAACAUGAUUGAGUCAAAGUCUUUCGAAGUAGAACUUAAAGAUGCAGAACCAGACAUCAUAGAGCAGUUGGUGGAGUUUGCAUACACUGCAAGAAUUUCAGUAAAUAGCAACAAUGUACAAUCCCUGUUGGAUGCAGCUAAUCAAUAUCAAAUAGAGCCUGUCAAAAGAAUGUGCGUUGACUUCCUUAAAGAGCAGGUGGAUGCAUCAAACUGCCUAGGCAUUAGUGUGCUGGCAGAAUGUCUUGAUUGCCCAGAACUUAAAGCCACAGCAGAUGACUUUAUCCAUCAGCAUUUUACUGAAGUUUACAAGACAGACGAGUUUCUACAGCUUGAUGUGAAACGUGUCACCCACCUUUUAAACCAAGACACUCUGACCGUCCGUGCCGAAGACCAGGUUUAUGAUGCAGCUGUGCGGUGGUUAAAGUAUGAUGAACCAAAUCGACAACCAUACAUGGUAGACAUCCUUGCUAAAGUCAGAUUUCCUCUGAUCUCCAAGAACUUUCUAAGCAAGACGGUGCAGGCUGAGCCUUUGAUACAAGACAAUCCAGAAUGCCUGAAGAUGGUGAUCAGUGGUAUGCGCUAUCACCUUCUCUCUCCAGAAGAUAGGGAAGAGCUGGUCGAUGGCACGAGGCCACGGAGAAAGAAACAUGAUUAUCGGAUCGCUUUAUUUGGUGGCUCACAGCCUCAAUCCUGUAGAUACUUUAACCCAAAAGAUUAUAACUGGACAGAUAUCCGAUGUCCAUUUGAGAAGCGCAGAGAUGCAGCCUGUGUGUUCUGGGACAAUGUGGUCUAUAUUUUAGGUGGCUCUCAACUCUUUCCUAUUAAGAGAAUGGACUGCUACAAUGUUGUAAAGGACUCCUGGUACUCUAAACUGGGGCCACCAACACCGCGAGACAGCCUGGCUGCAUGUGCUGCUGAAGGCAAAAUCUACACAUCUGGGGGCUCAGAAGUAGGAAACUCUGCCCUCUACUUAUUUGAAUGUUAUGAUACCAGGACAGAAAGCUGGCACACAAAGCCCAGUAUGCUUACCCAACGCUGCAGUCAUGGGAUGGUGGAGGCUAAUGGGCUUAUCUAUGUGUGUGGAGGCAGUCUGGGAAACAACGUAUCUGGACGAGUGCUGAACUGCUGUGAGGUGUAUGAUCCAACAACAGAAACGUGGACUGAACUGUGCCCAAUGAUUGAAGCGCGGAAAAACCAUGGACUAGUCUUUGUGAAAGACAAAAUAUUUGCUAUUGGGGGACAGAAUGGUUUAGGUGGCCUGGACAGCGUUGAAUAUUACGAUAUCAAACUUAACGAAUGGAAGAUGGUGUCUCCAAUGCCUUGGAAAGGGGUAACGGUGAAAUGUGCAGCGGUCGGCUCAGUUAUUUAUGUACUGGCUGGUUUCCAGGGAGUGGGCCGUUUGGGACAUAUACUAGAGUACAACACAGAGACAGACAAGUGGCUCGCCAACUCCAAAGUGCGAGCCUUUCCUGUGACCAGCUGUCUAAUAUGUGUUGUGGACACUUGCGGGGCAAAUGAAGAGACGCUAGAAACAUGAAGAUUUUGUAAUGUGGAAAAAAAUCUUCUUCCCAGUAACCAACUAUCUGUAAACCUGUCUUUGUCCUUUUCUAUUUAUGGGCAUCACAUUUCAUCAUGUACUAUAUUACAGAGGAUGGGCAAAAGAUGAGGUGAUUGUAACACUAUGGACUGCAAGCUCUCCACAAUCUCCCGAAUGGACGUCUUGCCCCUAAUCUGCUCCUGCACUCCCAGGAGUUUAAAACGUUGGAGCAGUUUGCUAGUUUAAAACGCAAUUUUUUUUUUACGGUGUAUUAAUGUGGACUUCAAUGUUUCAUAUAGUGCACUUGCUGAAUAGUUUGGGCUCAUAACUAUAUGCACACAUAAGCAGAUCAAAGGAAAUGCAUAUUUCUUCUGUAUAUUAUGUUCUAGAAUGUACUGGCAUGGGCAGGAUUGCACUUAAAGCAGAGUUCUGACAUUUUUUUAAUUUUUUUUUUAAUUGAAGACGGCAGCUGCUGAC